CGUUGCUUUUGAAGGAAUUCUAACUGGGAGGAGGUUUCUCUGUUGCGCUGAGAAGGAAGGUAGAGACUGUGGACUAGUUAAAUGGAUUGAUCCUGCUUGGCCCAAUACCCUUGAGAAUGCAUUGCACAAGUUAUGGUUGAUGUAUGAAGACAACAAGAGACAGAGGGCUGAGGACACUGAUGAAUUCUUUUGAAGUUCAUAACCUGACACAAGAGAAGAAAAAGCUGCAGGCCAGCUAUGAGAAGCUGGUUGAAGAUGUCAAUGCACUUGUGGAUGCCCAGCAACGUAGGGUAGAGAUAGAAAAGAUAGAUGCUGAUACCAAGAAGUUGGAGGAGAAGUAUGAGAUGGUGAAGAACCUGGCAGCUGCUCAGGCCAGUGUCAUUAGGAACAUGAAGCUCAAGCUAGCUGAAGAGAGGAAGAACUUGCAGAUCCAAAUUGAUGAGCUGCAGAAGAGUGUUGAAGAGAGCAAUGUGAAGCUGCAUGAGAGCAAUGUGAAGCUGCAGGAGAGCAAUUUGAAGCUGCAGGGGAUCAAGGCCAUCCUAAAUGAAUGAUCACCUGGCUGUGGAAGAGGGCACUAUCAUUUGGCAUUUGCUUACCUUUUGUAGGGUGUGGUUGGCUGUGCUGUAAUGAGAUUAUGGUUUUAAUUUCCUGAACUAUGGAUCUGUAAUGUACUAAUCUAGUACUAUGAUUAUGU